GAGUGUGCAGGAGGAAGCAGCUGAUCAUCAUGACCACGAAACCGGUGAAUACGUUUCCCGGGACAACCAAAUAAGACCACCUCCCCGUAGUUAUGAUUGGCUUACCCUGUGAGAUUAUUCUCUGAUUGGCUGAUGAAGUAGUCACUUAAGUACGGUAUGUAAAAACGCUCCUCCCCCUGAGCGAGGAACAAGCAGGCGGACUACAGUGCAGUACCGUCAAACACACCUUUCAGACCGAGAGCACGUCCCUGUUACAUUGACACUGGAGAAGGAGGCGAUGUACCACGACCGCGCUGAGAGUCUGAUUGAUAGAAGCUCCCAUCAUGGAUCCUGCUCAGACAGCACCUUUUGUUAGACUGAAUGAAGAGAAAGUCAUUGCAAAGUCAGACCUGUUGUCACUUUUGAAAACCUAUAACUGUUACCAUGAGGGGAAGAGUUUUCAGUUACGCAUUCGUGAGGAAGAGGGCGAGUUGUUCGUGGAGGGUUUACUCAACAUCUCCUGGGGCCUGAAGAGACCAAUCAGAUUACAAAUGCAGGAUGACAAUGAGCGGUUCUACUUUCCGUGUUCAGAAGCACUGAGGUUGGAGAACACUGGGGCAAACAGAAAUGAAGAAAGUCAAAGCGUACUGGAGUCCAACAACAACAAAGUCGCUUCACCAACAUUAACCAGUGUGGAUGGCCUUGGUCCUGAGGAGGAGACCCCUCAGCUGCUGAGAACGAGGAGUGAUGCCAGCUUUAUGAACGUUCAGAGACGGUCCAAACUACACAACCCAGGAGAAUUACAGCGGAUUAAAAGAAAUCGCUUUUCCAUUAAUGGCCAUUUUUACAACCACAAGACCUCCGUUUUCACGCCAGCAUAUGGAUCAGUGACUAAUGUCCGUGUGAACAGCAGAAUGACGACGCAACAAGUGCUCAAUCUGUUACUCAAUAAGUUUCGGGUUGAGAAUAGUGCUGAUGAAUUUGCCCUCUAUGUCGUCCACGAGUCCGGAGAGAGGAUAAGGUUUAAAGACACCGAAUAUCCGCUGGUGUCUCGUGUGCUGCACGGGCCCUGUGAAAAAAUAGCAAAGAUUUUUAUUAUGGAAAGAGAUCUAGGUGAAGAGGUUACAUAUGAUGUUGCACAGUACAUCAAGUUUGAAAUGCCUGUUUUAGACAGUUUUGUCAAAAAAUUGAGGGAAGAAGAGGAAAGAGAGAUUUACAAAUUGACAACAAAAUACAGUGCGCUGAAGUCAAUGAUACUGCAGCAGCUGGAGGAACAUGCUGAGAACACAGAGGGAGUAUGAGAAGAUUUAAACUGACUGAGUUCACAGACUAAGGAAAGGUUGCAAUAAUGUUUCUACUAAUAUAUUUAUUAGUAAUAAGUUAAACUCAGGAGCAAUACUUGUAAACCACAUGUGCUAUUGUCAGACUACUGUAUGAGGGCACUUAAGCAUUUAUCAGUUUUUCUCAGCUUAUUUAGCACUUUGCUGCAAAAUAAAAUCAUGUGAAUAAGACAAAAGUUAAAGUUUUAAUGACUUAAGGUUUUUAUCAAUUUCUGUUGUUAGUAAUACAAUAUAUUUUACAAGUUUUAAUUGUGAUCAGGACAAAUAAUAUAUAAUGCUUUUUAGAGACAUAAUGGAUAUUGGUAAUUUUUUUUAAAUGAAUGUAUGUUGUUUAGGUUUAAGAGUAUUUUUAUGUCAUUGUUACAAAAUGAAACCAAAAUAAAUAUGAUCUCUGUUUCCACAGUUUACCAAAGUUCUGAAUUCAAGCAGUUGUUUUCUUUUUUUAGUUUUAUUGUCAGUACACCAUAUCUGUAACAUAUGAAGACUAGAAACAAAAGGGUGAGUCUAAAUAUAGUUACCUUGAAACAAUGCAAGUCUGACUGUGUAAACAAUAAUUUCUCACAGUAUCCUAAACCAAAUUAAUCCGUGCACAUUGCAAAAUCUUCAUGCUGAAAUAUUACCAUUUCCAACUAGUUAAAUGUUGUUCCUGAUAUUUAAGUACAAGCAAUAUAUAUAGAAAAUUAGCAAAAUGUUGAGCCAUUCUGAAUAAAGGUGCAACUCUGUUGUGAUACAAGUCAAUGAAAAUAAUGUAUUUUAACAGUGAACUUAAUGUAUGUACGCAGUUAAAGAGAAUUUACCCAUGAUAAAACAAUAAUAUAUGAGAAUGGAAAGUUUGCAAAAGUCCUAAAUCAGCUGAGAAAAAGAAAACUUAAACACUUUGUAAUUAUCAACAAGUAAUUACAGCUUUACACUGAAUGUAUUUAGCAAAUUAUGUAAUGUGAUGCCAAUACACUUUAAUUGCUAUCUUUUUAAAGUAUGUAAAUACAGUACAUUUGAUAUGUAGACUUUACAUGUAUGCUUAUUUGACUCUUAGAGGUUUUGUAUGUUUGUGUUUUAUAAUAAACAACUUUAUUCUGAAUUUCAUUUCA